AUGUCUCUCUCCACUCACCGCCCGGUGAAGGGCAUCACGUAUGGGGUUGUGUGCCCCGUGUGCUGCAAUCCGAUGGACUUUGAGUGCACCAGUGAAAGGAUGUACGGCGUGCGGUGUCCGACGUGCAAUGCCAUGAUUGACCUCCGCAACCCGGCAGAGACGCUGCCCGACACCGACACCGGCGUCUACGAGGGGGACACGCAACGGAUCAAGGUUGUGCACUACUCAGCGGAGGUAGAGCCGUCUACUGGGAUGUCCGCCAGCGCGCAGGUAAACAACCUAUUGAACAGCGUGGAGGCAGAGAAGCGCAAGGUCAUGCCGACAGUGAUGACGGGGGAGACGAAGCAGGCCUUCUCCGCCCAGCGCCAACAGGCGCUCGCGCAGAGGUUUUCCUUUUUCUUCCCUGUGACACACGCGAUCGAGUACGUUGUCUUUGGAAAGAAGCCGUAUGCCAAAAUCGGGCACGUCCGCAUCUUCCGCAAGCGCAUUCCCUUCUACGGCUACGUGAACAUCUGCGCCCCACAAACGACCACAGCCUACUCGGCGCCGUGCUCUUUCACCGUUCUAUUCAUGAUCCCCGUGAGGUGGAUCUGGGCGUACCUAGAGCUGGAGUGGAUAACGUGGUACUACCACGCCGAGUGGGUGCUUGUCGCUCUCUUCUACAUACUGCUGUUUCGGCUCGCGUACAGUGAUCCCGGCUAUGUGAAGCCGGGCUACAUGGACGACGAGGGCGGCGACACCGCUGCCGCUGCCGCUGCCGAAGAAAUGACUCUGCGUGACAUUGAGCGCAACCAGAGGGAGAGCUUGUGGGAGGAUGUGAACGGCGUUCCGAUGGAGCGCAAGUGGUGCUCGACGUGCAACAUGCAUCGCCCUGUGCGAGCCGCCCACUGCUACAUUUGUGGCCUCUGCUGCUACGACCACGAUCAUCACUGCGGCGUCCUCGGUAUCUGUGUUGGUCGUCGCCGUAUUGAGAUGUUCUCGGUGUUUGUGUCGGUCGCUACGAUGAUGUGCGCCUUACCGACGAUGGUCAUCAUCUCCGCCCUAUGGACACACUGGGAGAAGUUCACAGCAACUCUGCUGGCGGUGGCGUUCUUUCUGGUUGUGAUGCUGGGGCCUUUAUCCAUCCUCCUCACCAUGACAGCGACCUCCAUGUGGCAGUCGAUCACGCAGGAGGCGAGCACCCGCGAGCGCAUCCAGCACGUAUACGCUCACAAGCGCAACCCUUACAACCGCGGCUUCUUCAAGAACUUGUACUACCACCUAGUGCAGCGCCGUGUCGCCGUGUCGCUGUUCGACGACGACUUUGUGAAGAGAUGCGCGCUGCAGGUUCAGGAGCGAGAGCUGGGCACCGGCGUCACGGUUACGUGCAUCUGA